AUGAAGCUUAUUGUAGCUGGCGCAACCGGCCUGGUGGGUACGGAGAUCAUCAGGCAAUGCCUACAGAUCAGCGAGAUCACUCAGAUAAUUGCACUGGCUCGUAAGCCUGUUCACAUCGAAGAUGGAACCGACUCAACCUCCAAGCUCAAGAGUGUCGUGAUUCGUGACUAUGGGGAGUAUCCCGCCGACGUGAGGGCUGAGUUCGCUGGGGCGGACGCCUGCAUAUGGACUGUGGCUGUGACACCAUUCAGAACCAGCAGCUUCGACUUCGCCGAGGUCAAGCGCGUGUGUCAAGACUGCACUCUCGCGGGCUUCAAGGCCAUGUACGAGUCCGGUCCUGCGAAACCCUUCCGCUUCCUCUACUUCAGCGCCGAUGGCACACCUAGAGACCCCACUAAAAGGCCAGUCAUCAUGGGUGAUUACCAGGUCAUGCGAUGCGAAACAGAGCUUAUGGUCAUCAAAUUCCCGCAGGAGUACCUCGGGGUUGAGAUCUGUAUUGCUCAACCCGGAGUGAUAGUUAAUUCCACAUCCUUUGGGAGAUCUGUGCUGGCCUCUAUAUUCCGUCUCGUCAACACUUUCACACGCGCAAUCCCGAAUAUUCACCGACAGGAGCUUUCGGCAGCGGUUUUAGACUUAGCUAUUAAGGGAUUUGACCAAGAAACGGUUAAGAAUAACGACCUGGUUCAUCGUGGACAGGCGGUACUGAAACAGAAGGCGGGGUCUAAGCAUUGA